AUGCGCCAGCUUUACGAGGUUGAUGUCCCUACCGAGGCCCUGACUGACCGUGUUCCUCCCACCUGCCCCGCCCUGUGGAGGUACAGGACUCAGGUCACACUGGAUCACUUCUCGCACACUUUUCAACAGGAGGUGUCGUCGACUGAUUCUGAGAGCAACAAAGUACUGGCAGAGUUUUUACGUCAGGAACACGAACUCCGCGCCCUCCGUUUCCUGCCAGACAUCGUAAAGCUACAGCGCCUUCUCAUGGACAAAUUCCACCGUCGAAUUGACAGAGCUGAAGCAGAGCAAAUCAAAAUACGAGAUUUUCUUCGAAUGAUCCCGUCUAAAACAGAGAGAGAAGAACUUACGUCACUGAUUGCCAGCUUUAACCUGGCAUGGAACCAUGUGCGGCUAAGUCUUGACCAGCAAGGGCGUCUUCGUCCCCCAGCGGACUUGUGUGAGAAGACCAUGGAUAACAUGCGUCCUCUGGCUGUACUCCUGCCCAAUACCUCAGGGAUGGAAAGGGUGAGAGAAACUAAUGACAUUCUAUUCCGGCCUUUUAUCAGAGACCUGCCUCACAUACAGUUGCAAGACGUGACAAGCUCAAAUCUGAUCUCAUACCACACUGAGAGAGAUCUGUUACCCCUCAUCUUGGCUCAGUGUAACUACUCUCUAGAGGUGGGUCGAGGAACUUUGGUUCAAUACAACUGGGAAGCUCUGGAAAGACAACUGAUUGACAGGUUUAUUAGGGGAAGACCGCUGGUUGAUUUCAAGGAUGAGAGGUUUGCAUUUAGCAAAGACAUCCAGUUGGACUCUGUAUUCGCUUCAGUGAAAGCCAAGGUUCAUCCACAGGUUCCUUUGAGUUCAGCAGUAAGUCAUCAAAUUCUGGGCGAGUUUCGUUCACUGACAGACAUUUGUGACGUGUUGUCGUCUCUGGACAUUGCUGUUGGUUUCCUGUCCUCCACUGGUGGAUCACCUGACAUGCUGCUUAAUCACUAUCUGCAACACGUACUGCGCAUGCCUCACCAAAACAGUCUUCGCAGUCUCAAGGCCCAGCAGUGCUGCCAGUUGCGUCACGUGAUCUCUCUCUGGAGACUGCUGACCCUAGAGAGAGCUAGAAUGUUAAUGAAACGAGGCGAGGAUCCAUUUGAACAGAUUGCGGAUACUUACAAACACGUCAUGUCGUCGAAACAGAUGAUGAAGUUUAGUAAUAGCAUGAGGAGGGUUGAUUUGGAUCGUUUCGUCUCCGAGGUCCUGGAGCUAAUUUUGCUCAACCUCAGAGGAGAUGCCACUCCGGGAGAGGAAGAUAUGAGCUUGAGUGAAUAUAUCCAGUGGCAUCUUGACAACAAAGAACAUGAACCAAUUGCUGGACUGGAUGAGCUACCACCUGAGGUGCAGUUGAAGCACGUGAUCAAUGCGUGGCAAACCUCUGUUGACCUGUGGGAUAGUUACCUUGAAAAGAGGGAUGCUGCUUCCGCAUAAAACUGCGCCCUUAAGUUUUCGUCCCUGUUUUUCGUAAACAGCGGCCAGGAAUCCGGCCGACUGUCGUUGAAUUUGAAUUUGAAUUUAAAUGUGCUUCGAGCGCACUAUGAAUUUUAUACAGUUGUUAGGAUAUUAAAGUGCUAGAUUAUCUUACUGAGGUAGGUAAUACUGCUGUCUCGCCCAGAAUUUGAGCCACGCCUGUGUAACCUUAAGUUUAAGGACUUUUAAUUAGUUUUAGUUCAAUCUUUAACUUAGUCUGACUGGAAAGAAAAUAUAACCUGAAAGUGACUUGCGUACAACUUAACGUAUCGACUUAAGAGUAAUAGUUGUUACCUGUGUUUAAGUUUAACAUUUGUAGAUGUCUUACCUACGCCAUGUAGUAUUGUACACAGAAAUGUAAGAUAGUUAUUAUUAAAAUGUCAGGAAAAUAUUUGUAGAAAAGAAAAAAUAUAUAAUUUAGAGACGUUUAGAGCAAUAAAACUUUACGUCCUAUCAA